AUGCAGAUUUUCGUCAAGACCCUUACGGGCAAGACUAUCACCCUUGAGGUCGAGUCCUCAGACACUAUCGACAAUGUCAAGGCCAAGAUCCAGGAUAAGGAGGGUAUUCCUCCCGACCAGCAGCGUCUGAUCUUCGCCGGCAAACAGCUCGAAGAUGGCCGCACUCUCAACGACUACAACAUUCAGAAGGAGUCGACCCUCCAUCUGGUGCUCCGCCUCCGCGGUGGUGCGAAGAAGCGCAAGAAAAAGACCUACAACACCCCCAAGAAGAUCAAGCACAAGCGCAAGAAAGUCAAGAUGUCCAUCUUGAAAUACUACAAGGUGGAGAGCGACGGCAAGAUCAAGCGUCUCCGUCGUGAGUGCCCCUCUACCGAGUGCGGUGCUGGUAUCUUUAUGGCCUUCCACGAGGACCGACAAUACUGCGGCAAGUGCGGCUUGACUUACACCUUCCAGCCUGGCACCAAGCCCCCUGUUGUCUAA